GGGGCCCGGCCGGGCGGCUCCCGUGUGCCCCGAGUGACCGUCGGAGGUGGCGGCGAGGCUCGGUUCGCCCCGCGCCUCGGGAGUGCCGAGCGCCCUGCGAGGGUCGGCGGGAAUGCGGGCCGGGCCGGGGCCUGCGGCCUGAAGCGGCGCGCAGCCUGCGCAGCGCGGGUCCGACACUCCGGUGUUUGAGACUCUGCGCGGUUCAGUGGUGCGCUGAGUUUGCCCUACAAGGAGAGACAAAUUGUGCUGAUUCAGAAUCCCUGGGUGCAUUGCACAAACCUCGGGCACCGCGGCAGCAGCACUGACCAACAUCCACGACUGCUGUUGGUGUGAUGCAACAGAAGCGCGUUCCUGAAGAGGCUUCAUGUGCCUGGAGGAGAAAUACUCUUCUUGAUUUCUGCCCCCAUAAUUGAAAUCUACCACUGAAAUCAGCAGAAAAGAAAUGAUAAAGUUUUUUCUUAUGGUUAAUAAACAAGGUCAAACAAGACUAUCCAGAUAUUAUGAGCAUGUAGAAAUUAAUAAACGGACAAUGCUGGAAGCUGAAGUAAUCAAAAACUGUCUCUCCCGCUCAAAGGAUGAGUGCUCUUUCAUUGAAUAUAAGGACUUCAAGCUGGUGUACCGACAGUAUGCAGCCCUUUUCAUAGUUGUUGGCAUCGACCAGACAGAGAAUGAGAUGGCAGUAUAUGAACUAAUUCAUAAUUUUGUGGAAGUUUUGGACAAAUACUUCAGCAGAGUGAGUGAAUUAGAUAUCAUGUUCAAUUUGGACAGAGUGCACAUGAUUUUGGAUGAAAUGGUGCUAAAUGGUUGCAUCGUGGAAACAAACCGGAACAGAAUUCUCGCCCCUCUCUUUGUGCUGGACAAAGUGGCAGAAGGCUAGGAAGAUGCAAGUGUGACUAAGGCAUUUUACAAAAGAUGGCAAAAGCAUCAAGAAUGUGCCUAUAGCAGUUUUCUGCUGUUGCAAGACUGACUCAUGCAACAUUCAAUUUAAUUGGAAAAUAUUUUCCAUUUCUUUUAUGCUCUGUGUACCAAAUGGGAAAGAUACAGCUAAAUAUGUGGAUGGAUUUAGAUGCAGCUUCACUGACCCAGCAGAAAUUUUCCUAGAAUGGUCAAUAAUUUUAAAACAUUUGAGGAUGAAGAAAUGGAAACUUACCAUGACUGACUAGGUGUCACUUUUAAUUAUGCAGUAUCGUCAGUCCUAGAAGACAAAAACCAAAGAAAUAAAAAUUCAAACUGAGUUUCAGUCCUUCCCUUAAGCACCAACUUGAUUUAUUUUCAUGCAAAUUUACUGGUAAUAAUGGUUCUGUGACUUUUAUGCCCACUUCUAAACUAUAUUCAUCCUUCAUCAAAAAGAUGGUUUCCCUUCCUUUGACAUGCAAGUCAUGGACACAAAAAGAAAAGUACAGAUGUACUAAAUAUUUUUGCAUACUUUGCAAUCUGUAACUGGAA